GUUCGUGUGGCUCGGCGCGCUAUGCUGCCCGCGUGCCAAGGAUGACGCGCGGAACAUCGCCGACACCUACCUCGCACACGAUCCCGCGGCACGCGACCCUGAGACUCCGAUCAUAGUGCUGAACCAAGGCCGAGAACCGCCAAACUUCACGGGCUUUUUCCCACACUGGAAACAUACUAUGUGGAAGAAUCACAAGAGUUUCGGUGCGAUAAUGAACGCGCUGGAGGGCAAGGCGAUAGUGCAGGGCGGCAACAGCGCGGUGCGGAGCGGCAACAGCGCCAACCAGUUCGACUUGCACGAGAAGUAUCCGCCCACGUUGCUGCGCGGGCCCAAGGAGCACCUGCCACCGGACGUCAACCCGCUCACUAAAGAACUGUAUUUGACGCACGACGAUUUCGUGUCUACAUUCAAUAUGGCGUACAGCGAGUUCCGCGCGCUGCCCGGCUGGAAGCAGAGGGAGAUGAAGAAAGCUGUCGGUCUCUUCUAACAUCAUAGCGAGAGUUUUUUUAAUCUACGAUGUUUAUUGAAAUGUACUUCGUGACGUCAUCUAAUUUCUUACAAAUUCUUACCGUAACUGUAUGCUUUUUUCGGUGCUAUCAAAUAUUUAAACGUAAUCUUUUAUAUACCAAAUGUGGUAACC